UUCAUUUUACCAAAGAGGCCACUAUAUAUUCCUCUAUAUAGUAAUUCGGGAGUAGUGAACGAGUGAGUGAUUUCGGCUGCAGAGCAUGGUUGAACAUCCUUGCUUUAGAUGAAUACAACUUUUUCAAAAACGUUUGGAGUGCAAAAUCGAUCUGCCGUAAAUGGACUUGUUUGUCGUAAAGCUGGUCGUCACCAUAACAACUAACGACUCGGUAACACGUGCGUCUAGUCAUGGCGACAGAGGAUGAACGUAUUGCUGCGGAAAUUAUUAGAUCUUUGGCCCGACAGUUAAACUAUUUGAAUGGAGAUGAGAAAAGCGCAAGAAAACGAGCAUUGGAGGACAUACAAAAAGAAACCGUCGAGAAAGCUUUGUCAAGUACCGUGUUACAAGAAGUCUUUGCAUGUCUGCUGAAAUCGCUUCUGAGAUGCCUAUCAGAUCCUAUGGAAAGAUGCCGAGAAGUUGCUAUUCAAAUAAUUGGAAACUUCAUAAGAUGCGUUUCAAAACCAGAGUCUUCUCUGCCUUAUAUAAUGCCAUCCUUGGCUCAGCGACUUGGUGGAAAAGAGAUUGUAGAACCAGCAGAAGAAUUACGGCUGUCCAUGGUGGAAGUUCUGUCGCUUAUUGUAGAGAUCUGUGGGCAGCACCUUGCUCCGUAUGUGGACAUUACGAUAAGAAUCCUGCAAAAAACUAUAACCGACCCUUUCCCGGACGUUAUAAAGGAGAGUUGUAAAUGCACAAUACAUUUUGCCCGGAGUGUACCAGACCACUUCUCUAUGCAAGCAGAGGGCCUGGUUAAGCCCUUGAUGCAGACUAUCUCACACCAGCAUUCACGGGUGCGAAUGGCUAUCAUAGAGGCUACUGGGGCUGUUGUUCUGUAUGGCACAGUGAAGACCAUGGAUGAUGUGCUCUCUCACGUGGCACAGAGACUAUUUGAUAACUCACCCCAGGUGAGGAAGGCUGUGACUUUGGUUGCUGGUGACUGGCUUCUCAACUUCCGAGAUAGAUACUCAUACUUCCACAAGCUUAUUCCACUGUUACUGAGCAGCCUCAAUGAUGAUUUCCCAGAGAUAAAGGUUUUGGCAUUGGAGCUUUGGAGGCAUGUUGGUACUCAGUGGGAGAAAGAAAAUGAAGAUGAUCUGAAGGACAAAGUGGACUUCUUUUCCCCAACUUGGCAGUACUCCCCUGGAGUGGAUCGUCCAGGGCUGGGCUGCAGGGAGCUGGUGGUGAGGAACUUGUCAAAGUUAAUGCCAGCCUUGAGUCGUGAUGUUCGUGACUGGCUUGUGCAGACACGACUGAAGACAGUGCAGUUACUGCAGGUUCUCCUGUUGCAUGCUGAAGACCACUGCACGCAACACCUACAGCAUCUUCUCACAGCUCUCUACCAUGCCUGCACUGACUCAGAAAAAGACAUCAGAACAAAGGGUUUGGAGUCAGCCAGGCUUUUAGGGGUUUUUGUUAGCCCAGAGGUCUUCAUCAAGCUAUUACUGACUCAUGUGAUGAACUCUUCCUCCUGCUCCUGUUCUUCUCCUUGGGCUCCCCUAAUGGUGUUGGUGGCAAUGCUGAAGGGGAGCACCAGGAAGCUACUGGGUCCACAACUUCUCCAGAUUGGACAAAUACUUGCCCAUCCUGAUGUCUGUCAGGAGUCUCAGCAGACCGUGUAUAUUGAGCAGCUACUGGCAUGUGUGGAGGUUCUUCUGGAGGUGUGUGAGGAAGAUUGUGGCAUCAUCAGUCUUCCACUGCUAAAGGUUCUCGUGACCGUGCAGUGUGUAGCCACAGAGUCAAAAAUCCUUACGAAGGCAGAGAAGUGUGUAUUGUGUUUGUGUCAAGUGCAGAGUCUCAGUAGUGUGCAUGAGCUGUACAGACAGCACAUGGCACAGUUGCUGCAGUGGCUGGGGGAAUCCCAAACUUCCUGGUUCGCAUACUCUAUCCAGAAAACCCAACUGGAGAUUAUUGCCCUUCAGUCUGGCCCAGUGGUUGGAGAAUUUCUCCCAGAGCUCAUACCUAUAUUGCAGAAUUGUUUAUUGCCCAGUCAAGAUCCAGAGAUGCGGCUGCACAUUUUCACUAUGCUCUCCAAACUUCUGUUGAAUUCUAGCAAUACACUGGAUUCACAAGGGAUGUUUUGUAAGUACCUAAAGGUAUUUCUGCAGGAGCUUCUGUUGCCUAAUCUGGUGUGGCAUGCAGGCCAUGCUGCUGCCACUGUUCGGACCUCAGCUGUCAGCUGUCUACUAGCUAUGUUGCAGGGUGGAACGCUUUCAAAGGAACAGGUUCUCAAUAUGGAGACAGAAUUCAGUACUUAUAUAAUUUCAGCACUGGAGGAAGACUCCCAACUCUCUCGCCUGUUGGCCUGUAGAUCAGUAUCCUCAUUCAUUACUGUUACAGAUGGAUGCCUUAACCCAGACACACACAACAAGAUCUUCCCAGAGCUUUUAAAACGGAUAGAUGACAGCAGCAAGGAAGUACGUAUUGAAGCUCUGAAAACUCUUGGUGUGUGGCUCUCAUCUUUGGACAAAAAAUAUAACACACACACAUACCACCCCAGUCUGGAGUUUCUUUUCCAACAUUUGUUGCUGUACUUGGAUGACCCUGACCAUGAAAUCCAGCUUAUGACACUGGAGAUUCUGAAAGCCAGCAGUGUUAUGGAGCCUGUUCUCCUGCAUCAGAAAGCGAAGGAAGUGAAAGAGAAACAGCGCAGUUCUGAGUACUGUGAUCAGCUACUUCAUUACAUACAGUCCCUCUGAUGCACACCCACAAAGCAUUGUCCAGUGGACUGCAAACAGCUAAAUUUUUAAUAUUUGUUAGAUCAGAAUGAAGUUGUUUCUUAUAUAACACACACACACAAAUACAUACACACUUUACAUACCAUGUUGAUUUUCUUCAUCUAAUUCUUUAUCUCAGGAGCUCUGUAACAAAGUUUGUCAAAAGUGUGACUGCUCAGUCAUAGUUUGUUGCAUCAGAUUAUUGCCAUACUACAGGAUGUAGAUGAAUAAUGAGUAAAUGUAGAUGAGUAAUAUGGUUAGCAAUAGUAUUGAUAUAACAAAUUUCCCUGAUAAAUUACAGUAAACCACUGGCAGCUACAGUUGCCAGCUUGAAACUGUUUUUCUACAAUGUACCAACUGUAAUGUGCAACAGUUAAUUACUGUAAAAAAAAUUACAGUACUCUACUGUAUAGAAUAAGUUUUACAGUAUAAUACUAUUUGCUGCUAUUUUAGUGUUCUUACUGUAAUCUCCAUAAACAGUUUAUUACCAUAAAAUGUAACAAAGUACUGUAGAAUGUCAUCUUUACAAUAUAACGCUACUAAAAGCAAAUUUAAAAAUCUUACAUUUCAAAAUGAAAAAAAAAAAAAAACCUGAAAAUUGCCAGUAUAGAAAUGGCUGAGACAAGAGAUGGCCUUACAACAAAAGGCUUUUAUUAAAGUCAGUGCAGUGUCAAACACAUUCAGUAACUGACAUUUAAAUUAAAUUUAUGUAAUUAUUUUUUUGCAAAAUA